UGCUGCGACUGUUGAAGACAGUCGAAGAGCGACAGUGCGGGCUGAAACGCGCGACGCGGACGCGCGAGUGUUGCUGAAAUGGGGGGCUUGAGAUGAUGUGACAUGUUUUACUCUCAAAAUUAGUGGAUGGUAGCUACUGGAAAACGCAAUGUUCCCUCGGACCGCCACGAAGACUGAGGACUCUAAAAAUUUCCCUUCACUUUUUCUCCUGGUUUUAAGUUUGCCCCUUCUCACGACUUCCCAAAAUGCCGACGCCGUCUUGGACUUGAUCGAGGAGACCAACCUUUGGGAGGAACCACAAGGAAUUAUGCGAAUUUUGGGUCGUUGUUUUAAUAAUACUGAUGUUGUCACACCUUUGAAGUCGGAUUGGGCGUACCGGUUUAACGAGAAUCAAAUCUCUUUGAGUAGUAAUGAAGUCUUCCCUCAAGGAUUUCCCACGGAUUUUUCGCUAUUGACGGUAGUUAGACCUACGCCUGGACACAUUUACCCGUUGUUGACUAUUUAUAGUGAGGAUGGACAAGAACAAGUCGCUGUUGCAGUCGGGAGCGACGUCACGUUUUACUACUUUGAUGUGGACGAGCCCGUCGAGUUCGGACUAGCUUUGGAUGACGGGGAGUGGCAUCGAUUGUCCUUCAGCGUUAAGGGAGAUUCGGUGACUUUGAUUCAUGAGUGUAACGAAACUAUAACUAAAGCGCUGGAAAGAGAAACGUCGCGGCUGAACACCAAUGGGAUCACGUUGAUUGGGUUCGAACUGACCAAUGAGGAAUACUAUAAUGGUGACAUACAACUACUCCAAAUAGCACCAACCCCAGACGAAGCCUAUGAAAUGUGCAACAAAACCCCCAAUUGUGGUCUCCUUUUAAGCCAAAGAUCUUCUUUCCCAGUCACCGAAUCAUCGUCAACGUACCUUUACACCUCCACGGUCAACCAAUUCAACGAACUAGAUUCCAAUUACUCACUGUCAGUACCUCACAGAGGCGACAUCAACGAAUACGACGAAGAAAAUUUCGACUUUGGUGCAAAUUCGACCUUCAAUGGCGAUUUUGAUAACACAACAGAUACUGAAUCCACCACACUGAUCAACAUCCCUGUGUACUACCCAUACCGGGGACCUCCAGGACCCAGAGGGUACACCGGACCGCCGGGCCCUCCAGGCCCGCCCGGUCCCAAGGGAGAUUCUGGAAGAGACGGCCUAUCAGGGGUCCACGGUCAGCCGGGACCCCCCGGCCACGUCUUCCUCGUGCCGCUGAACAUGCAAGGGAACGAAAAAGGUCCAGACACCCAUGCCGAAAACUUCCGCCAACUCCUAUCCCAACACAUGAUGUCGAUGCGAGGGAUUGAGGGCCCGAUGGGUUUGACGGGAGUCCCAGGUUCCCAAGGUCCUCCGGGUCCCGAAGGCAACAAGGGCGAGCCUGGGGAUAUCGGCGAACCGGGACCGCUUGGAAUGAGAGGGUCACCGGGAAGUAGUGGCCGACAGGGACGCAGAGGCCGUCCGGGGACUGACGGGGAGAGGGGUCUGACCGGACACCCAGGUCUCAAAGGGGAGCAAGGCUUGAUCGGGCUGCCGGGACUCCCGGGAGACAAAGGGGAGAGAGGCGUCCCGGGAGCUGUCGGGGAACCCGGGUUACGCGGCCACGACGGCAUGCAAGGAGAAGAGGGUCCUCCGGGUUUGCCUGGUGUACCCGGAGAAAUGGGUCCGCGAGGUUUUUCAGGUCCUAGGGGCAUUCCAGGAGUGCCGGGCCCCCCUGGAAUACCCGGAGUGGAAGGCCCGCCGGGGAGCAAGGGCCAUCCGGGACCAUCUGGACAGCCAGGGUCACCAGGACAGUCGGGGCCUCAAGGAGCAGUAGGACCACCAGGACCACAAGGACUGCUAGGCCCACCAGGACCCAUGGGACCACACGGUAAACCAGGUAUUCCGGGCUUGCCGGGCUCCGAAGGUUUACCAGGAAACCCCGGCAACCCAGGUCCUCCAGGAACGAAAGGUGAACAAGGACCGAUCGGAUACUCGGGACCUAUCGGAUUUCCAGGUGCCCGUGGCGUCAAAGGUGACGAUGGAAAACGCGGCCCACCUGGCGACAAAGGUGAUAAAGGGGACAAAGGUCUAGAAGGCGAAAAAGGGGAGCCAGGUCCGAAAGGAGAAAUCGGGAUUGUGGGAAUGCCAGGAAUUCCGGGACUAGAGGGGCCCGAAGGACCUAAAGGUUUUGAUGGUCCUCGGGGAGAAACAGGAGUCGUCGGACCACCCGGCGAAAAAGGCAAAGACGGACUCGCAGGUCUUCCCGGCUAUCCAGGAUCCGCGGGUGAAAAAGGCGACAAAGGUGCGACAGGACGUUUCGGAGAGCCCGGUGAAAAAGGAGAACGAGGCAACACAGGUAACCCAGGUGAAAGGGGUGAAACCGGACCUAGAGGGUUCCGCGGAUCUAGAGGCCGAAGAGGACGGGAGGGUCUACAAGGACCUAAAGGAGACACCGGACAACCUGGGUCUCCUGGUCCGCAGGGUGAAAUUGGCCCUCCUGGUGCAGAAGGAUCUCGUGGAUUCACCGGACAACCGGGUCCUCCGGGUCCUAAUGGCAAGGAUGGAAUUACUGGACCUCCAGGAGAACGCGGACCUCCUGGUGAACCAGGAUCACCGGGUUCAGUAGGCGCUCCUGGCGUGAUUGGCCCGCCGGGACCCACCGGAGAAAUCGGACCGGUUGGUGAAUCAGGACCUCCGGGACUACCCGGGGUGCCGGGUGAGCCAGGAAUACCUGGUGACUCUGGAAAGGAAGGGCCACCGGGAGCGCUAGGACCGGAAGGUAAACCAGGACCGCCGGGUCCAACCGGCCUGCCCGGUUUUCCAGGAGAAAGAGGAACAAACGGACUUCCAGGGAUGCCAGGUCUCAAAGGAGAAACGGGACCUUCAGGACUGCCUGGACCUGCAGGUGACAAAGGACAGCAAGGCGACCCCGGAACCGACGGUCCGAAAGGACCGGAAGGUCGAAGAGGUCCUCCGGGUUCUCCUGGCGCCGGAGGCGCCAAAGGAGAAAGGGGCGAUGCAGGUCCUCCAGGUCCCUCUGGUAGAGACGGACUACCCGGAUCACGCGGUUUACCGGGAGCACCGGGCCCAGUAGGCCCCCCUGGUGAAGACGGAGAUAAAGGGGACACCGGACCUCCGGGCGAAAAAGGGUUUAAAGGCAGUCAAGGGGAGACGGGACCACCUGGUAGUCUAGGCCCACCCGGUCCACGAGGCGAACCCGGCGCGCUCGGACCCCCCGGAGAAAGAGGUCAUCCGGGAGAAAUAGGAAGACAAGGAAGCAAAGGCGAAGAUGGACCUACCGGUCUACCAGGACCCGCGGGACCAGCAGGUUUGCAAGGAUUACCAGGACCACCGGGAAUGAAAGGGGAAGUAGGCGACAUUGGUCAGAAGGGACCGGUAGGUCCGGCUGGGUCACCCGGGGAAAUUGGACCCAGAGGAUCGAAAGGUGCCGACGGAGUACCCGGACUACCCGGACCUGACGGUCCAUCAGGUGCUAAAGGCGAUGCGGGACCACAAGGACUACCCGGACCUCCGGGUAUUGACGGAAAACCUGGCGAACGAGGUCCUCAAGGACUAAAAGGCGACGACGGGAAACAAGGGAUACAAGGCCCGUCGGGUCCGAGAGGACCCCCGGGUGUGGAAGGCCCGAAAGGCUCGCUAGGUCCUGAAGGUUUCCCCGGACCACCUGGUGAACCAGGAAUCAUGGGACCGAAAGGAGACCCUGGCAAAGACGGCGAAGAGGGGAAACAAGGAGAGCAGGGUUUACCGGGUAAUCCGGGGCCGGCAGGCCCCUUAGGACCUCCCGGAGCACAAGGAAAACCAGGACAAGAAGGUCCAGCCGGAGUCCAAGGAAACACGGGACUUCCAGGCGAAAAAGGUGACACGGGACCAGUGGGGUCCCUCGGGCCUCAAGGAUCCCCGGGACCGCAAGGCGUGCCUGGGUCUCAAGGACCUCCGGGUUUGCGCGGUGGCGCCGGACCAGCGGGCGAAAACGGACCGCCUGGUGCCAGCGGCCAACCCGGACUUCCGGGAAAGACUGGCGACGUGGGUCCUAGAGGUCCGAAAGGUGACAGGGGAAGGCGCGGGCCGAAGGGUCACCGUGGCGAGAUGGGGAUGGCUGGGAUUAAGGGCGACAUGGGCGAAAAGGGGGAGCGAGGACCCAAAGGUCCACCAGGACCGGAAGGUCGGAAAGGAGAUAUGGGCCCCGUGGGCCCGAUUGGAAUGAAAGGUAACGAUGGCCCUUCCGGACUACCUGGACUGGAAGGGCCAACGGGUCUUAAAGGUUCUGAGGGACAAACGGGAGUGAAAGGUGAAGCCGGACCGCCUGGUCCCCCUGGGCCGCCAGGACCACCGGCUGAAAUGCCCUUAUUACCGCCUGAAAUGUUAUUCGAACAGGAAUAUAACAGAGCGAAACGAGACUUAGAGGAUUUGAUAACGGAAUACGAAGACACGGUGGACAACAAAGGUUCAAACAAUGACGCAACCGAAGGAGAGAAUGACGUAAAUAGUCGAUUCUUGGAUAUGUACUCCACCAUCUACGGUAUGCGACAAGACCUGGAAAAAGUGCGAAAACCCCUCGGUACUAGAGAAAACCCAGCCCGAUCUUGCCGGGACUUGUAUUUCGGGCAUCCACACUUCUCUGACGGGUGGUACUGGAUUGACCCGAAUUCCGGUAUGAUCGACGACGCGAUUUACGUUUUUUGUAACAUGACCGCGCAAGGUGAGACCUGCGUGUUUCCGGAUAUCCACAGCGCUACCAUGCCCAACAUCCCCUGGCGGAAAGAAGGCAACAAAAACGAUUGGUACUCGAGGCUCAGGGGUGGUUUUAGGAUUACGUACGAAACGGUGGGGGUUGUACAGAUGACCUUCUUGCGACUUUUGUACCAGGAGGCGUACCAGAACUUUACGUACACGUGUGUCAAUAGCGCCGCUUGGUUCAACACGAAGACGAACUCUUAUGAUAUGUCGGUCAAGUUUAGGGGGGAGAAUGAGUACGAAUUUUCGUAUGGGAAAACUAGACCUAGGGUUAUUGGUGAUGGGUGCCAGACGAGAAAAGACACGAGUGAAACCAGCUUUGAAAUAAGGACGAAGAAGUUGGAACGACUUCCAAUUGUGGAUUUUUUCCCGGUGGAUUAUGGAUUGCCUAAUCAAGCUUUUGGGUUCACUAUAGGACCCAUUUGUUUGAAGUAAAUAAUCAUAGUAACGAUAGAUUUAACAAUGUACUCUUAUUUUAUGUAGCGAUGUCACAGCGCCUUAAGAUUAUUUUAGUACUAAGAAGCGAACGUGUAAAUACCUUACAACACUGCCAUCUACUUUGAUAGGUUAAGUACGACUAUAUUUAAGUAUAAUGUACAGAUUUUAAAAUAAAACACUUGG